GUUUAGUGACGUACUGUUACUGUGUGACCGUGAGCUGUUUGGCAUGUUGGAAAGAGAGUCAGCGUGCUGAUAGUAAAAAUGAUGAAUUUAUCGGCUUUAGUCCACAGUCUCAGAUCCUCUUUACUACAUAUUGAAAGCAGACUGCUGCAGGUGGUGCUACUGGACAGACAGCUGGCUCCAGCGCUGGCAGUGACUGGCCCCAGCCUCCUUCCUCAGCCCGACAGGGAGGAGGACCUGGAGGAGAGUCAGGAGCAGCCCCCUGGUCUUUUGGACAGCAUCCUGUGGAUGGCAGCACCCAAGAAGAGACGCACUAUAGAAAUCAACCUCACCAGGAGGAGAGCUGAAGAAAAGCUCCUAAAAGUCAAGACUAACAUCGAGCCGUGUCCAGAAUGUGGCCACAUGAAGCAGAAGCACAUCAUGUGCGGCUUCUGUUAUGCGAAGGUGUGCAGGGAGACCGCUCUGAUUCGUCAGCAGAUGAAAGCGAUGGAAGGUAGCCCGCAUGGGGCCCCCAGUGUGGAGACUGUCGUCCUGUAUGAGGGCGAGACGCCAAACCAGCAGGACAAAGACAAGAGGAUCGUAGAGAGGUCCAGGAAGAGGCCUGCAUGGUUCAGCUACUGAUGCUAACAUGUAACACUAUGUGUGACACAUUUUCUCUCUGUGUACACAAUGUGAUUUAUCAUCAUAAAGAUUUAUAGCUCACACAACAAAAGUCACUGAAGUUGUAGUUGUCAGACAUCAUGGAUUAUUUUUUGUCCUUUUCUCAAAUGUAGCCACGUUAUAUUUACUGUGAUUUAAGUGUUUGACAAUAAAUGUGUUAUUCGACAAUA